GCCCCGGGAGAUUAACAACCGAGAAGAAAAAUCAAAGUAAUUGGGACCAAAAGUCAUAAAAUUCACCCACUCCUCCUCCUUGAGCACUUCUGUGUUCCUCAUUCAUGGCUUCCUCUGCAACUUUUCUUCUUUCUCCAUCUUCAAACCUUUUCUACAAACCUCGCCUAUACUCUACAUCUCAAACUCUCUUGUUUAGAAAAACCAUAUCAAUAAAGGCUUCAACUACUUCUUUAGAGUCUUCUUCAAAUAUCUCUGUUGUUGAUAAACCCUUGAACCCAUCAAAGAUUGGUAAUUGGAAAUGGAAACAUCAAGAUGAGUCGGUGAAUAUAUACUAUGAAGAACAUAAGAAUGAGAAUGAGAAUAAACCAUGUAAGAAUAUACUUAUGAUACCCACAAUAUCUGAUGUUAGUACUGUUGAAGAAUGGAGAGUAGUAGCUAAAGAUAUUGUUCAAAGAGAUGCUAGUAAUGUUAAUUGGAAAGCUACUAUUGUUGAUUGGCCUGGUAUGGGUUUUUCGGAUAGACCCAAAAUUGAUUAUAAUGCCGAUGUGAUGGAGAAUUUCUUGGUUCAGUUUAUGAAUUCAUCGGAUAGCCCCUUACAACACUCAGAUGAUGAGCUAGUAAUUUUUGGAGGAGGUCAUGCGGCUACAUUAGCACUUAGGGCAGUUAAAAAGGGGUUAGUGAAGACAUCAGCUAUUGCUGCUGUUGCACCAACUUGGGCUGGACCUCUUCCUAUAGUCUUCGGUCGAGAUUCCAACAUGGAAUCGAGAUAUGGGAUGUUGAGAGGAACACUAAGGGCUCCAGCUGUUGGAUGGAUGAUGUACAAUAUGCUCGUUAGCAAUGAGAAAUCCAUCCAAUCCCAGUAUAAAUCUCAUGUAUAUGCAAAUGCCGAAAACGUUACUCCUGAGAUCAUCGAGAGUAGAUAUGCCCUGACGAAGCGCAAAGGUGCAAGGUAUGCUCCAGCUGCUUUCUUGACAGGUCUUUUAGAUCCUGUAAAGUCUCGCGAGGAAUUCCUCGAACUAUUCACAGGCUUAGAAGGGAAGACACCUACUUUAGUGAUUUCAACAUCAGGCUCACCAAAGCGGUCAAAAGCAGAAAUGGAUGCUCUCAGGGGAGCAAAAGGUGUUAGUAAGUUUUUGGAGUUGCCUGGGGCUCUUCUUCCACAAGAAGAAUAUCCUGCUGUUGUUGCUGAAGAACUUUACGCAUUCCUGCAAGAUCAUUUUGAGCCCAUGCAAAGUUAAGUUCCUCCUUUAUUUAUUUAUUUUCCUUCAAUAUGAAUCGAAAUACGGAUACCAAAAAACACUGUAAAUUCUGAUAAAAAGCACUCUAUAAGUUUUGUUAUAUACAAGGGUUGGUGCUGGAAAAUCUGUACCAGUUGAAGCACAGUGUAAUGUCUUAGUACUAAAUAAUAGUAGGUCUUGGUUGCAUCGACCAGCAUCUAUUCGAACUUUUGAAGUCACUCGUGCCAAAAAAAACAACAAAACACUCGAACUCUUUGAAUUUGUGUAACCAGUUCAUCUGAUCUGUUAUAUGAUUUGAAGUUUUUAGAUCAUUCUAAGAAAUUGUAUA